AGUGAGACAGGGACUACAGGAGGCUUUUGAGCACAUCCGGCUGCUGCGUGAAGAGCAGACUGUGGGGCCUCGGCUGGAGGCAGGCUAUCGGCCCAAAUCCAGAGGUUCAGAGAAGUGAAGUGACUUGCCCAGCUAUGAGAGAGCGCGCCAGGAUCUGAAACCAGGUCUCCUGGCCAGAGGCAGCCACGUGGAGGAGUUCGUGGUGUGUCCUUACAGGGAGUUCAGGUACAGAUAAGCAUAUGAGGACGCUGAGGCCCAGAGAGGGGAAGUGACUUGUCUAGGGUCACACAGCGGGGAGAGGUGGAGCAGGGUCUCUAGUCCAAGACCCCUGACUCCAUACCUGGUGUUCGUGCUGAGACCUCAGGCUGCUUCCCAGGUCCUCUGGGAUAGCCCCUGUCUUCCACCAGCAGGACCAUGGGCAGCAACAAGAGCAAGCCCAAGGAUGCCAGCCAGCGGCGCCGCAGCCUGGAGCCUGCCGAGAACACCCACAGCGGUGGCGGGGGUGCCUUCCCCACCUCACAGACCCCCAGCAAGCCGGCCUCCGCUGAUGGCCACCGCGGCCCCAACACGGCCUUUGUGCCUGCGGCCGCCGAGCCCAAGCUGUUUGGAGGCUUCAACUCCUCGGACACAGUCACCUCCCCGCAGAGGGCGGGGCCCCUGGCUGGUGGUGUGACCACCUUUGUGGCCCUCUAUGACUACGAGUCACGGACAGAGACUGACCUGUCUUUCAAGAAAGGGGAGCGGCUCCAGAUAGUCAACAACACGAGGAAGGUGGAUGUCAGCCAGACCUGGUUCACAUUCAGAUGGCUGCAAAGAGAGGGAGACUGGUGGUUGGCUCACUCGCUCAGCACAGGACAGACGGGCUACAUCCCCAGCAACUAUGUGGCGCCCUCUGACUCCAUCCAGGCCGAGGAGUGGUAUUUUGGCAAGAUCACCAGACGGGAGUCAGAGCGGUUACUGCUCAAUGCGGAGAACCCCAGAGGGACCUUCCUAGUGCGAGAAAGCGAGACCACAAAAGGCGCCUACUGCCUCUCAGUGUCCGACUUCGACAACGCCAAGGGCCUCAACGUGAAGCACUACAAAAUCCGCAAGCUGGACAGCGGCGGCUUCUACAUCACCUCCCGCACCCAGUUCAGCAGCCUGCAGCAGCUCGUGGCCUACUACUCCAAACACGCUGACGGCCUGUGUCACCGCCUCACCACCGUGUGCCCCACAUCCAAGCCACAGACUCAGGGCCUGGCCAAGGAUGCCUGGGAGAUCCCCCGGGAGUCGCUGCGGCUGGAGGUCAAGCUGGGCCAGGGCUGCUUCGGAGAGGUGUGGAUGGGGACCUGGAACGGCACCACGAGGGUGGCCAUCAAAACCCUGAAGCCCGGCACAAUGUCUCCGGAGGCCUUCCUGCAGGAGGCCCAGGUCAUGAAGAAACUGAGGCACGAGAAACUGGUGCAGCUGUACGCGGUGGUGUCCGAGGAACCCAUCUACAUCGUCACGGAGUACAUGAACAAGGGGAGUUUGCUGGACUUUCUCAAGGGAGAGACAGGCAAGUACCUGCGGCUGCCCCAGCUGGUGGACAUGGCUGCUCAGAUUGCCUCGGGCAUGGCGUAUGUGGAGCGGAUGAACUAUGUGCACCGAGACCUCCGUGCUGCCAACAUCCUGGUUGGAGAAAACCUGGUGUGCAAGGUGGCUGACUUCGGGCUGGCCCGGCUCAUCGAAGACAACGAAUACACGGCCCGGCAAGGUGCCAAAUUCCCCAUCAAGUGGACGGCUCCAGAAGCCGCGCUCUACGGCCGGUUCACCAUCAAGUCCGAUGUGUGGUCCUUUGGGAUCCUGCUGACGGAGCUCACAACUAAGGGACGGGUGCCCUACCCUGGGAUGGUGAACCGCGAGGUGCUGGACCAGGUGGAGCGGGGCUACCGGAUGCCCUGCCCACCUGAGUGUCCCGAGUCUCUGCAUGACCUCAUGUGCCAGUGCUGGCGGAAGGACCCGGAGGAACGGCCCACCUUCGAGUACCUGCAGGCCUUCCUGGAGGACUACUUCACAUCCACUGAGCCCCAGUACCAGCCCGGAGAGAACCUAUAGGGCGCAGGCUACGGGCCGGACUGCCUUCUUGGCUUGGAUCCUGGGUUGGGUGGCCCCUAAUGUGGGGUCUGGCCUCUCUCUGCCUGCCCACCGUUGAGCCCCUCUGUGGGGCUGAAUUGCCAGUGAUGAGGCCCCUCCCUCUUCUGUGGCAGGGCCUGCGGCCUGAGACAGCCCUGGGGCCAGGGUCCAAGGCUGUGCAGUGACCGUGUCCUGGCUCCAUCCCAGCCACAUGCCUCCUCCCUGUUUUCCCUCCCAGAGCCCUGUGUUUCUCAGCAGGAGGAACUGGGAAGAAGGGCUGGGGCUGAGGACGCCCUUUCCUUAGCCUCGGCCUACUCCACGCACUGGCUCCUUCCCACUUCCAUGCCACCCCAGGUCUGUCUACGGAGCUGGCCGAAGAGCCUUUCCAAAGAGGAGUGAUGGGCCCGGGCCCUUGGCCUGCCUGCCACCCUGCCCUUUGCCGUCCAUUUCUGAAACACCUGUUGGUGGAGGCCGCUGGGUCCAGACCCCUCUGCGUGGCUCUCGGGCUGCCUAGCUUGACUUGAUGGUGGGUGGGGUGGACAUCUCCCCUUAAGCCCUGCCCUUCUUAGACCUGAGGGAUCCUUAGAGAUCAUCAAUUCCUUGUCCCCAUAUUACCCAUGGGGAAACCCGAGUCCAGAAAGGGGGUGUGACUUGCCCAAGGGCACAGAGCAGUUCAGGGAUGAGGUGGGAUUGGAACCUGGUGCUCCCUCUGUCUUCCUCAGGAACCAACAAGAUUGUCCUUGGAGGCAUUGUGGACAGACUGGGGCAGCCCAGGCGACAAGGGGCCUGAGGAUGGGUUAGGGAUAGCAGAGAGAAUCGUGCUGCCACUGCUCACUCAGGAGGGCAGUUCAGGAGGAGAGAAGUAGGAGGCAGAUUUCAAUCAGAAUGUGGGUGGUUUUUGAUCUUUGGAGCUAGCUGGCCGUGAAAGGGAGUGAGCUCCCAGGCUCUGGAGGCAAUCAAGCAGAAGUAGAAGAUCUAAGUGGUUGGGAGGCCCUGGCCUCAGGAAAGAACCCCAGGUCCUACUUCCCCCAGUUUGUCCUGUGUCAUUUCAACCCCUGGCCCCUGCUGUUCUCCCCAAGUUGGCACCCCUUAACUCAUGAGGAGGGAGAGGAGUGCCGAGGUUGUGGUGAGAGAGGACAAGGGUGUCUUUUGCCACGCACUAGGACUGGCUGUGUGCCCGUGGGCAGCCCCUGCUUCCUCUCUGGGCUGCAAGUCUGCCUCAAUACGUGGCCAGGGCCUCUGCAACUGCCCCACUCCUGACCAGACCCUGUGGCCGGCAUCACGUGGUGAGUCCAGCUGAUGGCAUCAGGAGACUGGCCCUAGUUCUGCUGUUCAGCCUUGAGAUAGUGGUGACUUCUCCCUGGGCCUCAGUGUGCCCUUCUUAAAAGGGACAGCUGACAGUCUGUAGGCAUCUUAAGGGCCCCUGUGUGUGUGUAUGUGUGUGUGUGCGUGUACACGUGUGUAUCCCUCCAUGUGCGUCCAUAUUUAACAUGUAAAAAUGCCCCUUGCUUUGUCCCCCAGACAUGUACAUUUCACCCACAGUCCCCCAUCAUAGCAAUAACAUUCCCGCUGCCAGGGGUUCUCGAGCCAGCCAGGCCCUGCCAGCGGGGAAGGAGGCCAAGUGGUGCCUGCCUAUGAAAUUUCAACUUUUCUUUUCAUACAUGUUUAUUACCCAAGUCUCCUCCCGUCCGUCCCAGUCAAAUCUGGGCUCACUUACCCCAGUGUGCUCUCAAAUCCCCUUCCGACUGCCCAACGCCCUUUGUAUAAGGUGUCCUAAUACUGUCUUUUUUUUUUUUAAACAAGCAAACAGUGUUUUGUAGAUUUCAGAUGACUAUGCAGAGGCCUAGGGGACCCCUGGCUCUGGGCAGGGCCUGGGGUCCCACAUUCCACGGCCCCGGCCUGCGGGGGUAGGGAGGGGGGAUUUGGAAUCCGUUGUAAAUACUUUGCAUAUUGUCUGAUUAAACACAAACAGACCUCAGA